AUGGUCGUUGAGACUGCAUACUACGACGCCUUAGGCGUGCCGCCCACCGCGACGGAACUCGAAAUCAAGAAGGCAUACCGCAAGCUCGCUAUUAAACUUCACCCCGACAAGAACCCCGGUGACGAGACAGCACACGCGAAGUUCCAAGAAAUUGGCGAGGCGUACCAAAUACUCAGCGACGACCAGCUGCGCGCAGCAUACGAUAAAUAUGGCAAGGAGGGCGCGAUGCCUAGUAGCGGAUUUGAGGACCCUUCCGAGUUCUUCACCAUGAUCUUUGGCGGAGAGGCCUUCGUGGACUGGAUCGGUGAGAUCUCGUUGAUGAAGGACCUGACCAAGACUAUGGAAAUCUCUCAACGCGAGAUGGAAGAGGAAGCAGCCGCUCAAGCAGAAGCUGAGAAGGUCGAAGCCGAGAAGAACCCAGCAGCUGCCGCAGCUGGUACUACCCCAGCCACUGGCACCACAGAGACCGCUGCACCAAGUACUGCCGCUCAGGCCAAGGAAGCCGAAGCGGCAGCAGAGCGCGCAGCAGCACAGCCAGCAGAUGCACCGCCCGUGUAUGCCGAAGCACCUCCAGUAUACGCUGAGAGCACCGCCGAGUCGUCUACCGCACCCAGGGCGGCAUCGCCCCCAUCCCGAACGAGCACGCCGAAAACACAAGGCAUACCAAUCCGCGCAGCUAUUAUGGACAAGUCAGAGGAAGACGCACGUAUGGAGGCACAAGGCAUGACCGAUGCUGAGAAGGAGCUACGGGAGAAGCAGAAAAAGAAGGCUGGUCUUACCAAGGAGCAGCGGGAAGAGCUCGCGGCAUAUGAGAUGGAGCGUAAAAAGAUUCGCGACGAACGUGUGUCGAACCUCGCCAAGAAGCUCGUUGACCGUAUCUCAGUGUGGACUGAAACCGACAAGGCGACCGAUGUCACCGCUGCCUUCAAGGAGAAGAUUCACCUUGAGAUCGAGAAUCUCAAGAUGGAGUCGUUUGGUCUUGAAAUCCUUCACGCCAUUGGUGCCACGUACAUCAUGAAGGCUUCCUCGUUCCUUAAGUCGCAAAAGUUCCUCGGGAUUUCUGGCUUCUUCUCACGCAUCAAGGACAAGGGAACGCUCGUCAAGGACACCUGGUCCACUAUGUCUGCUGCCAUAGACGCACAGCUUACCAUGGAGGAGAUGGCUAAGCUAGAGGAGCAAGGUGGCGAGGCAUGGACAGACGAGAAGAAGGCUGAAUAUGAGAAGAGAGUUACUGGCAAGAUUCUCGCCGCAGCCUGGAGGGGAAGCAAGUUCGAGAUUCAGAGCGUACUGCGAGACGUGUGCGAUACCGUCCUUAAUGAUAAGAAGAUUAAGCUGGAGAAGCGAGUGGAGCGAGCACACGCUCUGAUGAUCAUCGGAGAGAUGUUCCAGAAGGCUGAGCGCGACCCCGAAGAAGAAGGCGACUUCAUGGCCUUUGAACAACUUAUGGCCGAAGCCGCCGCUAAGAAGGACGCCAAAGCCGAUAAGCACCACCACCAUCACGACAAGAAAGAGAAGGAGAAGAAGAAGGAGAAGGCAUGA